AUGGGUCGCGUCCGCACCAAGACUGUCAAGAGGUCCGCUAAGGUCAUCAUUGAGCGCUACUACCCCAGGCUCACUCUCGACUUCGAGACCAACAAGCGCAUCUGCGAUGAGAUCGCCAUCAUUGCCUCCAAGCGCCUCCGCAACAAGAUUGCCGGCUACACCACCCACCUGAUGCGCCGUAUCCAGGCCGGUCCUGUCCGCGGUAUCUCCUUCAAGCUCCAGGAGGAGGAGCGUGAGCGCAAGGACCAGUACGUCCCUGAGAUCUCCGCUCUCGACUUCGCCCAGCUCUCCGAUGAGGGCCGCCUGGACGUCGACUUCGAGACCCGUGACCUGCUCAAGCACCUCGGCUUCGACAACAUUGCCAUCAACCCCCAGCCUAUCACCCAGAACCAGGCUCCCGAGCGUGGUGGUCGUCGCUUCGCCCCCCGCUAA